GCCUCGCCCUCUCCACACCUCCCCUUUAAACCGGAGCGGCUCCAUGAGAGGACCAAACCCACCGGGACUCCUCUGUGUCACUGUGGACUGUAAAACACGCGGAUCGGCUCAUAAAAUAGGUGAGAACUUUAUUACCCGGACGCGUUUCUGCUCAUUUCCACGAGGUUGCGACAGUCCGGAGCGACCUUAGCGCCAAACUCAGCUCAGAAAACUCGCAAGUUUUAAUUUUCCUUGCUGAUUUAAAAACGCGCACGCUUUCAGAGAAGGGUUUGAGUUAUUUAUUUUCAGCCUGGAGUUGCUCUUUAAUUCGGCGGAAGUUGUAAACAUCCAGCAACAUUCAUUUUAAAAUAAAACCCAACAAGUUUCUCCGCCUGUUGUCUCACUCACGCGGCGGGAGCGGACUCCUUUCACUAUGAGUUCAGAGAGAAACUUUAUUUGAAUGAAUUUACGUGCUGAUUUAUUGCAAUUUAAUCCAGAUAAUAUCGCAAACUGUGCGCAGAAGAAGCCGCCCCAGGACUCAACACCUGGACACAUCUGCCGGAGCGCGUCUCUUUGUUUGGGGGAAGACAAACAUUCACAGUUGUUGGUGUCUUUCUGGUGUCUUCUGGAGGACUAAGCCUCGCUGUGCAGUGGACAGAGCCAGUAGGAUGGCUGCAAACAACGUCUUCAGGACAACUUCUUGACUCAUUUUUUUUGAAGCAUCGACAUAUUUCCAAAUGAAUUCCAGCCAAUUUCCUACCAUGCUCCAGAAAGAUGACACAGAUCCGUGCCACACGCAGCACUACAUCAACGCCACCGAGACGCCGCUGAUCAGCGCCAUCAUGUUCGCCUUGGGCAUCUUUGGCAACGUGGUCGCCCUGGUCAUACUGGAGGUCCGGCGCCGGAGGAACGCCAGAAACGGGGAAACAUGGCGGCGUUCGUUGUUCCAAAUCCUGAUCACGGCGCUGGUGGUCACGGACCUGGCGGGGACCUGCCUCGUCAGCCCGCUGGUGCAGCUGUCGUAUGCACGCAACAUGACGUUGGUGGGGAUGGCGGCGAGCUCUCGCAGCGUGUGUUCCUACUUUGGCGUCAGCAUGACCUUCUUCAGCCUCGCCACCAUGUCGCUGCUCUUCUCCAUGGCGCUGGAGAGGUGCUGCGCCAUCGGAUUCCCCUACGAGUACAGCCGCCACGUCACCAAGAAAUGCGCCUACAUCUCCAUCCCGGUGGUGUUUUCGUUGUGCAUACUCUUCUGCAUGCUCCCUUUUGCAGGAUUUGGUAAAUACGUACAAUACUGCCCCGGCACGUGGUGCUUCAUCGACAUGAACCCUGUGCAACCCCUGGACAAGGCCUACGCCAUCCUGUACGCCACGGUGAUGAUCGUGCUGGUGCUCGCCAUCGUCAUGUGCAACGGCUUCGUGAUGUACCAGCUGUUCAGGAUGUACCAGCGCCGCAGGAGGAACGGCGGCUCCAUGAUGAACAGCGUGAGGUCCACCAGCAGCAGCAAGGCCAUGUCCAUGGCUGAGGAGGUGGAGCAUCUCAUCCUGCUCAUCUUCAUGACCAUCAUCUUCAUCAUCUGCACGCUGCCGCUGGUGAUCCGGGUCUACAUGAACUCCAUCGGGGACCGUAAGGAGUCCCACUUUCUGGACCUGGAGGCCCUGCGCUUCAUCUCCAUCAACUCCAUCAUCGACCCCUGGGUCUUCAUCCUGCUCUCCCCCAGCGUGCUGCACUUCUGCUGGGCCUCGGUGUGCCGGGCCCCCCAGGUCUUCUCCCGGGGCUCCAUAUUCAAAUCCUCCAUAGCCAAAGAGGAAUCUCCGCCCAACGUGGAGCUGUCCCGCCCCACGGAGUACACCGGCCUGAACUCUGUGGCCACUCUAUGACCGCAACAAGACUUUAAUGUGUCAUAUUUAUAUCUCUAUUUAUUGGACAGCUGAUUGGAGCGCAUGAGGCCACAACACCACCCUCCCACUGGGUGAUUCUUACCCUCCAACUGGGUGAUUCUUACCCUCCCACUGGGUGAUUCUUAUCUGGUUCGUGUGUUUCCGGCCUUUCCUGUCUAACUGACAAACUGUUUCAGCUGCCUGUCGCCUUUUAUCCAAACAUUUCAGCUCAGCGUGGGCAUGCUGAGAGCAUUCUGACUCUUCUACAGCUUCACAGCGUCAACAUGUUGCAUCCUUUAUGCCAACUAAUCAACGAAAUGAAAACAGCUGCUGAUGGGAGACACAAAGAUUCAUCCAGGUUCUGUUAAUAGUCCGGCAACUUAGGAGCAGAUCUGAGAAGAAAGGGGACACGUCGGAUAAAAGCACCACAUGCUCUCCAUCAUAAACUAAAUGUUUCAUCAAGAUUGUGGAUCGGUGACAGCCAUAUAAAAUCUAUGAGAACCAAUAUAUGUUCCAAGCCAAUUAGAAUGUCAAUCUUGGUGUCAAAAUCUACAUUUUCUGGGUCAAAGAAUAAUUUACGAACACUGGAAUUUAACCCUUUAUUAUAGGGCACUCAUUGAAAUACUUGCAAAUUCCAAAUUUCAACCCUAGAGAAUAUUGGAAGAAAUUACAUACAGCCAGAAUGUGUAAAAAAAACAUAUGGACCCGGGGGAGGUGCACAUAUUUGCACAUAUUUAUGAGAUUUAAAGUGGUGAAUCUGCUAGAAAAAAGUAGCUUUUUUUCCACUUUUUUCUCGUAAAUCUGCGACUUUUUUCGCGCAGAUUUUGUCACUUUAAAUCUCUUAAAUCUGCAACUUUUUUUCUUG